AUGGUAGAUGAAGAUGAUUACUUCAAACUAAUGGACAGUUUUAGUAGCAAAUUUUGUUAUGCAGUGCUAGAGGAACAUGCCGAAGAUUGCGGAUUUGAGAAAUUCUUAUGGAAAUCUCAAGUGCCUAGCAAAGUGAGUUUCAUCCUGUGGGCUAUAUUCCACAAUUCUCUCCCAACAAGGGAUGUGUUAACUCACAGAAGAGUUCAAAUUGAUAGUGAAGCUUGUGUUUUUUGUGGUGUUGUCAGGGAAACUACAAACCACUUGAUGUUGCAUUGCAAUUUUUCUUUUGAUAUCUGGGAUUACUUCAUUAAGUCGUUUCAUAUUUCAUGGCCUCUUCCUGAAUCUGUUCUUCAACUAUUUGAGGUUUGGGAUAAUAAUGCUCUUAUUGGGAGGUGCAGAAAAUUAUGGGAGAUCAUCCAUUAUGUGAUUAUUUGGAUUCUCUUGAAUGAACUGAGUGGAGUGGUUUUUGGUGCUAGGAGGAAAACCGUGGAGGAAGUUAUUUCUCUAGUCAAGCAAACUCUUAUGCUUUGGACUAAUGAGGAAGAUGUCUUUAAAUUUGUUGACUGUAACAUUGUUCUCCAUAACUGGGAGAACGUCAUUCAAAUGUAA